AACACUUGCAAAAUUUGAAGCCCCUUUUUCUUUCUUUCUUUCUUUCUCACCUGCCUCUCUCCUCUCUCAUUCACACACAGAAAAUAAGAAAGGGCUUCAAAUUAAGGAGUUAGUGAUGGCUGUUCUAGAUAUUGAGCAGCCUAAUUCUGCACCACUGUCCACUGUUGCAAUCUCCAACACUCACGGUGAAGACUCUCCUUUCUUCGCCGGAUGGAAGGCCUAUAACGAGAAUCCUUAUGAUGAAUUGAACAAUCCCUCAGGAGUAAUUCAGAUGGGAUUAGCUGAAAAUCAAGUUUCAUUUGACAUGGUGGAGAAGUAUGUAGAAGAGCACUCAGAAGAAUCAAGCUGGGGAAAAGGGGCACCAGGAUUUCGAGAGAAUGCUCUGUUCCAAGAUUACCAUGGACUGAAAUCCUUCAGACAGGCCAUGGCAGGGUUCAUGGAGGAAAUCAGGGGAGGAAGAGCUAAAUUUGAUCCUGACAAAAUUGUCAUCACCGCCGGUGCAACGGCCGCCAACGAGCUCUUGACAUUUAUUUUAGCUGAUCCCGGUGAUGCUUUGUUGAUUCCUACUCCCUACUAUCCAGGAUUCGACAGAGAUCUGAGCUGGAGAACAGGGGUGAAUAUCAUCCCAAUUCAUUGUGACAGCAAGAGCAAUUUCCAAGUCACACCGGAAGCUAUGGAGGCUGCAUACAAGAAAGCAGAAUCCAUGAACACCAAAGUAAAAGGAAUUCUGAUAACAAACCCGUCUAACCCAUUAGGCGCAACGAUCCAACGAUCCGUCAUGGAACAAAUUCUCGAUUUUGCAAUCCGGAAAAACAUUCAUCUUGUCUCCGAUGAAAUCUACUCCGGAUCAACCUUCUCCUCGACGGAAUUCAUCAGCAUUGCCGAAAUCCUGGAAGCUCGGAAGUACAGAGAAGCGGAAAGAGUUCAUAUUGUUUACAGUCUUUCUAAAGAUCUCGGCCUUCCCGGAUUCAGAGUCGGAACAAUCUACUCUUACAACGACAGAGUCGUAACCACCGCCCGGAGAAUGUCGAGCUUCACCCUGAUUUCUUCCCAGACGCAGCAUCUCUUAGCCUGCAUGCUUUCCAACAAGGAAUUCACUCAAAACUACAUAACGACAAACAGAGAAAGGCUCCAGAAAAGAUACGAAAUGAUCAUCAACGGGCUGAGGAGCGCCAGAAUCGAGUGUCUCAAAGGCAAUGCCGGGCUGUUUUGCUGGAUGAAUCUGAGUCCGUUACUUGAGGAAAAUACCAAAGAAGGGGAACUGGCUCUCUGGGACAUUAUCCUCAACGAGGUGAGGCUGAAUAUUUCUCCGGGAUCGUCCUGCCAUUGCUCCGAACCAGGGUGGUUCAGGGUGUGUUUUGCUAACAUGAGCGAGCAGACAUUAGAGGUUGCAUUGAGAAGAAUACAUGAUUUCGUGGAGGAAAGGAAGAAAGGGAAGUUGAAUUAAACUGAUUUUUCUUUCCCUGAAUAUACUUUUUCAGUCGAGUUUUUCAAACUCCACUUUGAUUUUUUGGGAGACACACUGUCUCCCCCUGAACAGGGUUUAUCCCUUUUUUUUUUUUUUUUUUCGGUUUUUUUGGUUUUCCGCCCGGUAUCCGGGUUUCGUCUUGGAUCCGAGCCGCGUUGCGCACUUGAAAA